AUGUACUCCUUGAACAUCCCCGUGUCCGCCAUUCGCACCAAGAUCCGCCAGGAGUUCGAGAAGCACCGAUAUGUGAAGCAGCUGGGCGUUGUCGACGUGCUGCUGUUCCAGAGCCACUCCGAGUUCCAGGAAACCCUCAACUUUUGGAAGCAGCUGUCACAUGUGAUGAAGUACUUCCGGCCAGAGGAGGAGCCCGGUGCCCGUCUACCCCCCAACUUCAUCUCGGGCUUCUUGGAAGGCCGCAACUAA